AUGCGUUUCGCUCUUCUAACCCUUUCGUGCUGUGCUUUUGUCACUGCGCUCCCCGGAGAAGAAGCUCUAGAAAAGUGGGGUGGGCCUAGGAGUGGGCAUAAGGUUUCCCAUGGGGGAAACAAUAUUGGUAAUGGGGAUGGUGGUGGGAUUGACAUUGACACCGGGGGUGGUGACAUCGGGCACAUUGGGGUUGGAAUUGGUGGUGGUUGCGACCCGGCCGCUUGUGACGCCAAGUGUCGAAAAUCAGGUGACCAAUCAGGAUACUGCGACAACGGUAGUGGAUCUCCCAGUUUAUUUGGACUUAUCCUUGGACAAACUGCGCCAAGCUGCAUUUGUAUACCAGCAGAUUGUGAUCAGACUUCUGCUUGCAACGGCCAAUGUUGCGCGUCCGGCCUGACCUGUUGCAAUGGGGUCUGCACCGACCUCAACAACAAUCCCAGUCACUGUGGCAGUUGUGCAAACACUUGUCCUGCUGGAUCGACUUGCUCAUCAGGCGCGUGCAUGUGUAUGAGCUUCCAGGCGCAGGCUACAUUCGGCACGGGGACCACACCAAUCAGUGUUGCAGUCGGCGAUUUCAACGGAGAUGGCAAUCUCGAUAUUGCGACUACGGAUGAAGGCGACUAUACAGUCAGCGUCUUGCUCGGGACUGGAUCGGGGAGCUUCCAGACGCAGACCACAUUCGGCACGGGGACAGCACCGUACGAUAUCGCAGUGGGCGACUUCGACAAAGAUGGCAAUCUCGAUAUCGUGGCUACGAGUAUGUACGACAAUUCAGUGAGCGUCUUGCUCGGGACUGGAUCGGGGAGCUUCCAGCCGCAGGCCACAUUCCUCGUCGGGUCCGAGCCGCUUGGUGUUGCAGUGGGCGACUUCAACCAAGAUGGCUAUCUCGAUAUCGUGACUUCGAACUACGUCGACGAUACAGUGAGCGUCUUGCUCGGGACUGGAUCGGGGAGCUUCCAGGCGCAGACCACAUUCCCCGUAGGGUCAGCUCCGUUCGGUGUUGCGGUGGGCGACUUCAACGAAGAUGGCUAUCUCGAUAUCGUCGCUGCAAAUAAUGGCGGCAAUACAGUGAGCGUCUUACUUGGGACUGGAUCGGGGAGCUUCCAGCCGCAGACCACAUUCCCCGUGGGGUCCUCUCCUGUUAGGGUUGCAGUGGGCGACUUCGACGGAGAUGGCAAUCUGGAUAUCGUUGCUUCGAAUCAGGUCGACGAUACAGUGAGCGUCUUGCUUGGGACUGGAUCGGGGAGCUUCCAGGCGCAGGCCACAUUCCCCGUAGGGUCAGUUCCGUACGGUGUUGCGGUGGGCGACUUCAACGGAGAUGGCUAUCUCGAUAUCGUUUCUACGAACAUUGGCGGCAAUUCGGUGAGUGUCUUGCUCGGGACUGGAUCGGGGAGCUUCCAGCCGCAGGCCACAUUUCCCGUCGGGUCCAAUCCGCUUGGUGUUGCAGUGGGCCACUUCAACGGAGAUGGCUAUCUCGAUAUAGUGGCUGCGAAUGCCGACAGCAAUACAGUGAGCGUCUUGCUUGGGAAGCCUUGCGGCGCUUAG